AUGGAGGACGUUGAAGAGAUAUGGAAGCAAAUGAACCUCUCCUCCCCGGCUCCUGGCUCUGUCCAGUUGACCUGGCGGAAACAAGCCCGCGAAAGAAAACAGAAAACGUCUUUCGAAAAUAUUGACCUUGCACAGUUUUCAGUCUGGAAAAGAGAACCUCUCCGUUCUGUCCACUGCUCUUCGCUCGGGGUGGGUACUCCCCCAGGGAAAAGUCCCCAGGAUGAUGCUCAUCUCUCGUCUGUCCAAUCUCCGGAAGAGGACCUCUUGGAGUUUCCCUGGAAAACCGGAGACAGAGAACAUCUGCAAAGUUUUCUACGGAGACAAGCCAAUAUUUUGGCGGAUGACCGAAGUGUAUUAUCUAGGCUUCGGGCGUUGCAGAAACUCAAGGCAUGUUUUCUCCACCAAGAAUGUCCCCCCUACGCAUACGACCUCUUACUGACUACCGCAGCUGGUCCCUUGAUGGACAUGCUCUCACACUGGUCCGAAACUUGCAGAGAAUUGGCGGCUGAGAUCUCAAGCAGCAUGGCUAAGCACGUUUCUGCGGUGGAUGGCCUCCUUCGUGUUGCUAUUCCAAUCGCCGUCAUGAGGUUUGGGUCCCAAGACGUUGAGGGGGUGGCGCACCUUCCCGAGGUGAUGCGCCCCCCCCCGGGGCAGAAACCAACUCAACUGAUCCCAGUAGAAUCUAGCGAGGAAGUCCGAGGUGCCAUGCUCAAGUUCGUUUCUGCCCUCGUGGAACGUUGCUCCGACGACGCUAUAUGGGAAAAUAUGGACGGUAUCGUCAGCAUUCUUCGCGCCUGUGCAAUGGACCAGUGCGCAGCUAUCCAGGUUGCCGCUUGUGCGCACAUCUGUAAUUUCUGCGAUCACCAUCAUGACGGACUGUUUCACUUCACGGAAGCCUUAGCCAGGUCCCUGUUUUCUUGUCUCGUCCACCCGCAUUCCAAGGUUCGGUUACAUGGCCUCAAAGCCAUAAGCGCAGUAAUGAAAUGUGGCCAAUACAAGUAUAACGCGUCCGUUGUGCAGAUGCUGGUGGGAUGGCAGGAUCCGAAUGUUGUCCCCAUCAAAGCUUUUUACGAACCCUGGUCUACACAUAAUUACCUUGCUCGGUUGGUGGUUGACCGAGCCCCCGCAGUACGAAUGUACUUCUACGAAACCAUCGUCCAAUGGAUCCACCGUCUUCCCGACAAGGGAGACUACGAAUCCUGGCUUUUUCCUUAUUUGCUAACGGGCAUCUUCGACGAAAACACAUCUAUACAGAAACUUGUCUACUGGCUCAUUGAGAAGUGCGGCGAGCUCUACGAAAAGGAGAAAGAGAAAGACAUCCGAGCCGUGAGGCAACUAAACUAUCAACAACCGUGGACCUAUGAAGGCCGAGGAUCGUUUCCAUUUCCCCUAGGAGGGUGCCUAAAUCCAAAGCAAACAGGUUGCACAAGUCUCCCAGAGAGUGCCGCUGCCCUCGACGCUGAAUUCGUUCGAGAGUAUGAAACACAGACGAUCAGUUUAACUGAGGGCGGCAGCUUCAGUGGCCUGCAAGAGUUGCUCGGAGAGCUCGACGAUGUUUUGGCGAAGCCUGUGACACGCCCGCGUCUCGGAUCCAGGUGCUGGGUCAAGGUCCACUUCCGCCGUUAUGCCAAAGGACUAUUCAAGGAAGUCACUGAUUUUAAAGAAGUCAAGAGUGAAAGCUCAGCCCGAUUGUUAGUGGCUUCUUUGGCGUAUGUAGAGGAAUCCAUCACAGAAUGGCUGGAAGAACUAGUCCAUUUCUGUUCUAAUUUGUAUGCGAGAAAAGCCGUCCUUCCAAAUGGUCUCUUGCCCCUGUACGACGAAGCUCUCAAGAUGGUUGGUGCGUACGUCGACCCCGUCUCUUACUGGAAGUUGUUCGAGGAUGUCUUCGACGUCACGUGCCCCCUGGAGCUCAAGCAGAGGGCUGCUGUACUGGUUGUCUUCACAAAACUGCUUGAUGGUUCCGUCACUGUGCUCAAAUCUGUUGGCGACAAGACUCUCGGAGCUGGCCGUCUUCAACCGAUUCUUUCUGACGUCUGUCAAAAACUGAGCCGUUCAGACCUUCUCGCAGAACAGUGCAUCCGCGACUCUGGUAGCCCCAUCAAAGCGGUAUGUUGUGCGAAGAUUCUAGAAACCCUACUGCUGCAGAUCGACUGGCUGGUGGAAAGCUGCGGCAAGGACGAAAGAACCCAAUUGUUUGCAGCGACCUUAGCUGUAAGCGGUCCCCUCCUUCAGAAACAAGAUCAACAGGAACAAAGCGGACAGGAAGAUUCACACAGCGUAGAGAGCACUCUUACCAUCUUCAGAAUCCUGAAGACCCUCGUUGUCAGCCAAGCCGAAACGAGGGUGAAUGAUUUUGUGGACGGUAUUGGUUCCCUCGACGAUGUGCCUGAGGAGCCGCUCCUGGACAUGCUGAACUCCCUCGUUUCUCUCCCUCCUUCCUCUUGCAAUACGGCUUCUCUCUCGUGCCUUCUCGCUAUCGUCCCGCCCGCUCUCACUCUUCAUGAGAGCAUCUUUACGGCAUUACUCGGCCGGCUUGUCAGUUUCCGACAUCGUACUCACCACCAGCACAUACGGCGACAUGCGUUGGAGGCGGCAAUACAAUGGAUUCUGCGUCUUCUGAAUUCUCAAGACGAGGGUGCUGCAGACACCUCCGACGAAGACUGCUUAUACGACGGCGUACGGCAAAUUGCUUCCCACAUCGUACUGCCUAUAUUCUGUUCAAGUGAUGGCUUCUGUGGAACCAAGCGAGAGCUUGAUUGUCUUUUGCCUCUUGUUACAUCGUCUGGAGAGCAAACCUCCUCGUGUGAGGCAAGAAAAGCGUACUUUCUGAUGACAAGCGGCAUUCCAGAAGCACUAGCGGAACUGGUGGCGAAUGAAACGGUGCAUCGCAGCGCCUACCUGUCUGCUCUAAAAGCGCUCCGUGUGUCCUCCAUUGCAAAAUAUGGUAAAGUCGCGAACGACGACUGGUUGAAUGAAGUGCCCGUAACAACGCGGCGACAAACGCGACUUCAAGCCAUCCAGACUUCAAGCCAACUGAAACAAAAGGCAGUAACUUUAUUGUAUGGCGCAGUAGUCCAGAUUCUUCUGGGCGCUACUUCCCCAACUUCCGCGGUAGAAACGACCCAGGUGCUCGACUGUUUAACGCGCGUGUUUACGAAGAUCCGGCGCGCCCUCGUGCCUGUGAAAGAGCUAACAAGAUUGAGCGAGAUUAACGAUUCUGUGAAGACCGAGAAUCAAGACACGUCUCUAAGGGAUAACCAAAGCACUGCGGCAAAUCAUGAGGGUGCAGAAGUUGAUUCAACAGCCAAAGCGGCUAAGUGUCUCCCUCUUCAGCCCCUCGAUGGAGGGGUGGCAUUCUAUGCUGUCAACUUGAUUGGACUCAUCUUACAAUCCGUGCAAGUCAUUUCUUCCCAGAAUAGAAUUGAGGAUUUCCGCCCAGAACUUGAAGACGGAGAUGCUAGAUCUCAGACAGAAUGUGAGAGGAACCGGCUGAUGUCAAUGCCGCGCAUGUGGGAUGGGCAUGACUCCCUCCAGCCCGAGAAACUUGUCCCGAAGCACUCAUCCUCUUUCUAUUCAAGAAACGGACCGUUUAUUCGCAAACUAGACAAGUGCCGUCGACAAUGUCUAGUCCACUGCAUUCCCCAAGCAGAUUUCCACGAGCUCAUCGGUCAUGCUGUUAAGUUUUAUGUAGAGCUCGGUUCCAAGAUUCAUUGUGAGGGCUUCAAUGGUCUUCCCUCAGCGCCAGACCCUGUCUUGGUUGACGAGUUUCUACCAGCAACAAGUGAAGAGACACUCGGCAAGGUGAUAGUGGCGCUCGAGAGUGUAACGGAAGAGAACAAACGCACCAACGCUGCUGCCGCCUUGUUACACCUUCUAGUGAACCUAGCGUCUACAUUCCCAGAUUCCAUUCAAAUGUGGCACGAAAGGUGGAGCUCGAGAGGACACGUCAUGCGUGCAGAAGUGGUCACGGCUUUCCAAAAGCUGGCUUCAACUGUGCGAUAG